UAAUUUCAAAUCGCUUAAAGUAAGUGAAAUGUUUCGUGUAAACAAUGCCGGCUUGAAACGUUCGAACGGUUCCGUUUUUGUGUUAUAGUUUUGGAAAAAAAGUGUGUUUGUGUUUGGGGAAUGUGAUUGUGUGCCAAAAAAGUGGAAUUAAAAAUGAAAAGUGGUGUAUUGUGUAACUCUUGGAUAUAAUAAGGCUUUGAUUGGAAGUGCCGAACAAAAAUUGUGAAGAUAUUAAUCAAACGUUUAGAAAAUGGUAUCUGAAGAAUCAUGUACACUCUCAAAUAAAAUCUGCACCGAGCAAAUUAAUGAUUGUGAUAAGAGUUGGUUAUCGAAUGGGAUUACCAGCAUGUCAGUAGCUAAAUCACAAAAUGAUAACAUUGAUACUGAAACUGGUGGCAACUGCGAAUGCAGCAGCAAUGUGGCCGACGAUGAAACUACUAGGACUUUUAUAGAAAACCUAAUCUUGGAUAUUUGUGAUAGUGCAAUAAGCAGAAUAGAAUCGGGAACUGUGAUGACUCGCGAUAAAAAAUUAAGUACAGAAGAGUUAUAUUUAAGAAAAGCUAACCGAAGGACCUCGAUAUUAGAUGAUGAGUUAAAAGAACCUGUUGAGUGUCGGAACAAUUUAGUGAACUUCAAUCUUCAUCGGAGAAGUGUUAGUGAAUGUGUAAUAAAUAAUUGUGUAGACGAAAAUGACAAUAAUGACUAUUCAAAAAUAUCAGAGACAAUUCCUGACUACUAUAGUAGAGAUACGUAUGAGAAGAAGGCCAGAGAUAAGGAUAAAAAGAAAAAGCUCUCAUUUACCUUCUUCAAGAAAAAAGAAAAAUCCAAAACCAAAGAUCACAAAUAUGAAGAAGAUUCUGAAACUCAUGACAACUUACCUCAGUUACCAGUUUUUCGUAGCAAUACAUUAGGAAAAAGUAAAAAGUAUUCAUCAGCUCUGGAGCUACAUCAAGCAGCUCCACUUCACAGGACUCCCUCUUUUAUUAAAAAACUAGUCAAUAUAAGUGAAGACUCCUCGAAAUUUCUCAAAAGGUCUUUAAGUUUUCGGGAGCUAAAUAAGAAAAAAGUGAAAGUGCCAUCCAGGGAAACUUUGAAAGAGAAGAAAAAUCAGGAGUGGAAACAGUCGUUACAGUCAUUGGUAGAAAACGACAUAAGUGUUAGUUAUAACGAUUUGAGUUUUAUCAACUACGAUGCCCUGAAUAGUAUCAAUUACAGGGAACAGGUGUACCUAAAGCCUGGAAAUACUGAUAGUCGAGGUGGAUAUAUAGGCAGGACACAAAGUAUGAUUGAAAAAAGAUCUCCAGAUUUCCGAAGACCAGUUUACCAGAGGCUCAAUACGGUGUCUGACAGUUUCCGCUCCAGUGGAACCUAUUUAUCCUCGCAAUCUGCUCUGUCUCUUCCUUCACUUCAUCACUUUAAUCAAGAAAAUGCAGAGAACACGUCAGAGAGCACAUCAACGAUUCACAGAUACCGCCGCCGUCCACAAAGCAUUAGUUCGGAAGAUGGACGGCCCAGGUCAUGCGGCAAUGGAAGCUUCAGGUCUGCUGGCAGCGGCUGUGCUAAGCUGAAAAGACACAACGCCUGCAGGCAGAAAAUCCGGGAUCCCAGCCUUUUCGUGGAGACCAGGCAGAACGGGGAGCGUACUGUCCGGUCUCGAAGCCUCAACCAUUUAGAUUCCUUAGAGAUGAGGCAAGGGGUUGUUUCGUCUGCUGAUGCGGCGCUGAAAGACUCUAGGUCCGAACCAGACUGCACCAGACCCCUCGUGGCGCCUCCUAUAAGUCAAGAACCCACAACUCCGGUCAAUGAAGUAGCUCCUGCUAGGAAAUAUAUGCUUAGUAGAUCACAGAAAUCAAGUAGCGAGUGUUUUAGUGUAAAUUUCGAAGUCGGGGACGAAAGCACUUGGGAUAAUGAAUUAUUUUUUCAUGCUCAACGAGGAAUUACUUUGCAUGAUUCCCUGGCCAAACAGUGUGAACUCCGCAACAUCGAUUUAUCGGCAUGUGACGCUCGAUUGCAGGAUAAAGAAAACAAUGUGGAAAGUUUUAUACUAUUUUCGCAGGACACCGCAAGUCUUGUGGGCCGACACGUCAGAAUUACAGCGAAAGAAACCAGCAAUAAAAAACUAUCGGGAUCGUUCUACAGCAAUCAUUCACGAAAGCAAUCAGGGAGUUAUCGUCCUCGCACCACAAGUUUCUUCAGUUCGAGCACAGAAGAACCGAAUGUGGCCAGCUCGACGCUAUCCUUGCACGACGGCGACCAAAGUAAAAAACAAAUAAAACAGCGACUAACUGCCUUCUUUGGCAACACUAAGGAUACAAAAUACGAAGCCCUUAUUGACCAAUUAGAUAAGUACUCGAAACAAGGAAUCCCUCAUAUCGUUAAAUAUCCUCAAGGCCAGUGCGAAUCUGUCGAUGCUCUAUACAAACUUGAAGAUGACUGGCGAGACAUUAUUGAAUUUAGUGACUUAUCCGAAAAGCAGCAGCAACAACAAACGGCUUUAUGGGAGCUCAUAAAAACAGAAGUUGCGUAUAUAAAAACUUUAAAAGUAGUUACUGAUCUAUUCCUCGCUUGCCUGAAAGACUUGCAGUCAAAGGCUCUCCUGAAGGAGAUCGACACCGACAAACUAUUUUCCAACAUCACAGAGAUUCUCGACUCGAACGUGGUUUUUUGGAGGAAUACGUUGUUCCCUUUAGUGCGAGACAUGCGAAAAUAUAAGAGGUCUUCAUGCAUUGAAAACAUGUUGGAGGGUUUUCACAGCAUCCAGGAUAUAUUUCAGCCCUACUACAAGUACUGCGCUGAGCAGUCGAGAUGUCAGCAUUAUUGUCGUGAAAAUCUCGAGAGCGAAGUGUUCACCGCAUAUUUAACGUGGUGUGAGAGCCAAAAGGAAUGCAACAGACUUCGCCUAAUGGAUAUUUUAGUUCAACCCAUGCAGAGACUGACUAAGUAUGGUUUACUUUUAAAAGCCAUUUUGAAAAACACAGACGAAGACGUUGAGAGGGAAAAUUUACAAACAAUGAUCAAAAUGGUUGAUGAGUUCGUCAAUAAUGUGAAUUCUAGUCUCAAGCAUCGUCAAGAUAAGGAACGGUUGAAGGGAAUUAUCGCCAGAAUCGAGAGCUAUGAUAUUGUGGAAUCAAAGGACGAUGACAUUGAAAAGAUUUUGAAGAAAGACAAAUCGCUUACCCAACUUGACUUAACAAGGCCCAUGCUGAACUGUCCCGUCGAAAGGAAACGACAUUUAUUACUAGAAGGCGAUCUGAAACUGAAAGACAGCGGUACUUCCAAGAUGGAAGUCCAUUGUUUCCUUCUAACCGACAUGCUGUUAGUUUGCAAGCCCUCGACAAAGAAAGGCGGUGCGACUAUGCGUGUCGUAAGACAGCCCUACCUUGUGGAUCGUUUGGUGGUUUCCGAAUUACACAGGGAGACACCUAGCCUGGCAGUUAUAUACAAAAAUGAAUUUGAUAUGGCUGUUGCAGCUUUUAUACUCCAAAACAACGACGCCAGAAAGAUCAAGGGUUGGAAGGACGGCAUAGCAAAAGCACAAACAUUAUACGCACAAGCGAAACAGAUGAGCUAUAUGGCUGAUGAAAGUCAGGAUGCCGACUACAGUUUUGAUUACAAUUUGGAAAAUGAGUAUCCUAGUUUACAGUUAAUUCCCAGAUCACCACUUGCUUCCUCUUCUCGUGCCAGUAGAGUCUCUAGUUUAGCACAUAGUCAUAGUGGCUCAGUAGAAAUGAACGACCAGUCUUCCGUCGGGUCGGUGAACCAAUCCCGAGCAGUUUCGAUGGAGACCGAGAACAGAACAGGGUCCAUAUCAAGCGACGAAGGAGUCCAACCGCUGCCACCCGACAAAAGUCCGGUGUCUCAAAAAAACUCCUUCAAGAACCGCCUCUUCCACAAAACACCCAACACUCUUUCCGUUCAGCCUUACGGCAGUCUGGGCCAGAGUUUGCCUAAUUUGACGCUUGGGUCGCCAAAUGUGGGCAGUCUGAGUUUAAACUUAAAUCAAAAUACAUUGUCAGUGCCUAGCAGCAAAAAUGGCAGCCACCUCCUGAGUCCGACGCAUAGAGGGAUAUCGUACCCUCCCCCCUCUCCCACGAGGGGGAACUUGAGAAGAAGUCUGGCUAUUUCUCAGAGCAAAAACCCGCCGCUGAUCAAAACGAGGCAAGUGAAUUCCACCUCGAGUGCCAGCCAGCAGAUACCGACUAGUUUUGAUUUUGAUGUUCCAGUUAUUGCAGGGGUUUCUCAACAACAACCACAACAAGAAGACCAUUGUGAAUCCUUUAGUAGAGGGCAGCAUCGCCAGGCUAUAAAACGGAAUUACAGAUAUCAUACGGCGGGGGUUGUGGAUGAUAUAAAGAAAAAUGACAGUAGGGAUGCGAGCAUCCACAAACGCUUAUCUUGGAAUUGUACUAGUCAAGAGCAAAGGCCCCCAAACGAGGACCAGACCUAGCAUACAAUAAUAAAUCCUGUUGUGUCUUGUAUAGUGAUCUUCUAUCUGAUAGUUUGUAUACUAGUUGAAAUAUGGAAUAUUCUAGAAAGAUUAUUUACCUAGAGGUAAGAAAUACAAGGGCUUGGGUUUAUGAGGAUUGUAUUUAUUAAUCGUGGACCAAACCACAAUAUCAAUAUUUUUGUCAAAUUAGUUGGCAGCUUAUAGCAUUCCAUGUACAUUCCAAAAUAAACCUAAGCAAAUUAUAUUGUACCUAAUCAAAUUCUAUCAGGCCUAAUAUUUCAAAGAUUUUUAUAAAAAUUUAGAAUUAUUAGUAAUUCUAGUUUGCUUCUAUAUUAAAUAACAUUGUACAGUAAGUCUAGGAAAAACCAUUUGGUCAUAAUUUUUGUAGUUUUUCUUAGAAUUACUUACAUGUUUAUUAUGCGUGAAUGAGUGGAUUAUCAAAUAAUUAAUCUAUAAAAAAUUUGUUAAUUUUAAAAAAAAACAGUACA